AAAGACACCAGACUCCCUCAGCUGUCUGCAUAUUCCUCCAGUGAGCCUUCUCUGUGCGGUGUCUGCGAACAGAACCCGAGGACAGUACGUCAUGUCCCGCAGUCAGAGCCCCGCGUACUCCCCGCAGAUGGGAGCUCUCUUCCUUCUGCUGCUGGUCGGUGCGGGACGGCCGAGUCUCGCGGGAAAACCGUUGCUUGCGUUUCUAAUUGAUGGAUUCAGGUAUGACUACUUGGACGACCUGCACGCUCUGCCGGGAUUCAAAGAGCUCGUGACCAAUGGAGUGAAGGUGGACUACAUGACUCCGGAUUUCCCCAGUUUGUCCUAUCCGAACUACUACACCCUGAUGACAGGUAGGACAUGUAGCCUGUCAAUCAACCUGUCAAUCAAUAUAUGUAUCUUCCUAAUCAACUUGCAACUUGUAUGAUGUCUGUACUGUCCUCAUAUCAACACAUUAAACCGUGUAACCAUACAAUACUACCAGAGAAAGAAACUAGAUCAAUAACGUAUGUGAACACAAAUGAUCAAUAAAUGAAGAGCCUGAUAUCAGUGAUAUAUCUUACAAUCAAAAGCCUCUACUAAAACAACAAUUUAACAAAGUAAAUCUGCUUAGCCUCCAGAACAUCAGACUCUCUCUGCUCUGCUCAGCUGUGUGAUACAGGAGUUCGUGCAAGGGCGAAGAAAGUUUUUAAUCUAGAAAUUUUGGAAACACAAUAAUUCAAAGUGUUCUAUUCAAGACAGUAAAAGAAACCUAACAAAGGUCAGAAAAACCUAGCCAACCAUCAUAAAUCAGUCUACCAUAAAUCUGUUAUGCACAUGCUCAGUUCUGCUGGAUUGUAUAAAACAUAUCAUUUCACAUUGUUUGUCUUAUUGGUAAUACAAUAUCAAUUCAUUUAUCAUAAUCCAUAAUUAGAUUAUUGUAACACUGCAUCAUAUCAAAUAUGGAAUUUUAUGGUUUUGCGUCAUAUCUGUCAUAUCAUAUAUCAUAUAAUAUGAUGUAUAAACGAAUAACAUGUAUCAUCUCAUGUAUCAUCUUUUGUCACAAAGUGUAAAUGAACAAACCCUGUUAAAUUACAUCAUCUCAUAUAUCACACCUCAUAUUUCAUGGCAUAUCGUUCAUAAUUACUCGACAGUGUAAAUUGACAAAUACUUCCACAUAUCAAACUUCAUCAUGUCAUACUAUAUUGUGUUUUUUUAAACAUAUCAUAGCACAUCAGAAGGUUUCAUUUAUCAUAUCAUGUAACGUUACAUCCCUGAUUCUGACCUCAACCCUCUGACAGCACUGACAUAUGAAACACAAUCUCAGAGGAAUACUCAGUCUUAAUUGUGAUUGUCAGGUUUGCUUUUGUAGCUCUGAUGGCAAUUUCAUGUCUGAUUACAACCAAAAUACUUCACUCAAGCUGUAAUGACUGAAAGGGUAGGUUGUAAAAUGAAAAGAAGUGAAAACAAAGAUGAAGAAAUAAACACUUUCAAUGACAAAAAAGUUCUUUCAGAAAAAGCUUGGAGAGGAGACAUUAGAUCGAUAUCUGUCUGAGGUUAAAAGCAGGGAUUUAUUAUGACAGCCUGGAUGAUAAUAAACCUUGUUUUAUUUCUGUUUUGAUGAGCUGUUCAUUUUUCCAUGUGUCUCUGGACUCUCUGAACCCAAAGGUCCAAACUUAAUCACCUUGUGAAGCUGAGCCCAAUGGGUUCAACAUAAGUUUAAUCUGAUUUGGCUGUAAAACAUGAAGCUUUCAGGGUUUAUUGUUUUUUCAUUUUAGUUCCCGUCCAUAUUAACUUCUCCAUCAGCUUAGUUUUAGUGUUUAACCUCUUUGACUCACCUCAGCCAACUUUUUAAUGAACAUUAAAAUGUUUCAGACCGAUGACUUUUUAGAAUAGAGAAAAUCUCUAGACUAUAAUUGAUCCGCUGCUCACUUACAAACAGAAACCUGAAAGCUUUACAAGCUGCAUUCAUCACCCAUGCAGACUGAGCCUUUUUCACAGUCACAACUCCUCUGCCUCUACAUGACCCCUUUAGUUUCUGUGCAUACUGCCCCUCACUUCCACAUCACAUUUUUGAGGACAUGCAUAGCUGCGCCCCAAACCAAAUGCAUGAAAAGCAUGAGAGCUAUUAUGCUAUGCAUCCAUGUAAUAAAUACGAGUCAGUAAGUCUGUUCAAGCUAAAUCAAGGGUUUGCUAGCUAAACUGAGAACACUCAGGAAACUGCAAGUGUCAAUCAGUCCUGUCACAUUCAACAUCAGAAGGCUUCUGCAGGAUCAAACAUGAUACUGGAAAGAGUAUGUAACAAUUUUAUCACUGGCCUUAAAGUCCCACACAGCCCCACUCCAUUUUUUUUGAAUAAUUAAAAAUGUUCUCAGUGGUCUUUAAAUUGCGAUUAUGAAGUUUUUAGCCAAAAUAACCUUACCUGUGUCAUUUUCAAGAGCUUUUUCUUUUGCAGAGCUCCAGUAGCUCAUAAGCAAUUCGCCUCUGAGUUGUGGGUGGAGACAGCACUGCUCUGCACACUCCUCUUCAUGCUAGCUUGCAGCCGAACAUUGCCGGUGUAGUAGAAGAAGCAGGAAACAUUAGGAGCUAUUUAGCUCUCUAACUCAUGUUUUUGGGGGCAUUAUGAAAGCUAAUACCAUAAUCAGCGUUCUUACCACACACACUUGUCCCGCCAUUGUCCUCGCUACUUCUCGGGGUCUGGCCUGCAAAGUGGAGAGCUUGGGGUGGAGCUUGGACUUUUGAUGUAGAAAAUCCCACUGUGUCUGAACCUGCUGUUUGGGUCUGCCAGAGGUUCACAGUGUUUGAAUGCAGAAAUACUCAAAAAUGCAGUUUUGCAUUUCUCAUGAUGUUUCCUCUAGCAACAGAAAAAUGCCAUACGACCAUGAAGACAACAAGAAAAACACGAUUUUCAGCGGGGUGGAUCUAUAAACAUUCAUAAUAAAGAGGCUGCAGGUUUAAGUCCAGGUCAGCUGAUUCAGACAGGUGUUUUUUCACAGGCAGCUCCUUAAGGUAAUGCGGGGUCAGAUCAGGAGUGCAGAGCAUGUGGAAGAGGCUGCAGUGAAGUGGUUUUAUAGCCACUUCAGACAGAUCUACAGCUCUACAGACCUAAUGCAACCUAUUUUCCUACUGACACAGAUUUCUUACUUUUUCUCUGCUGACAGAUAACAGAAUAUUAUUUUUGUGUGACCUUCACAUAUUUACUCCCAAAUGAAGAGCCCUCCCAGAAUAUUUCAGAUAACCUCAGUGAAAAACUCUACUUCUGUUUGACUCAUUGCUAAAGGUGUUGAAUCAUUCUUGUAGACACGGGUCUGUGGUUUGAAGCUCAUAACUUACCACCAAAAUGCUGCAGACUUUAUCAGCCCUGUGUUCAGCAAUGCUUCAGCUGUAAAUGUAAAACAGCUGUAAACUGUUUUACUGUGGGCGUAUCAUUUAUCACUCAGUCACUUUAUCUGUGUCAGUGAAUUUGACACUGUAUUUGUGAUGAUUGGGUGCUGUGGGAUUGUUGUACAUCUUAUUGUACUUGGCUGUAUACUGAGUGAAGAGCAUUAAUGAGUAACUGAUGAUGAUAAGAGUGCUGCAGGCCUGCAGGCUGUCUGUAUGUAAACAGAAAAAGAAACAAGGCGUAGACAAAGACAGGACACCCAGAGUCAGAAUUUAAAACAUGAACUGAUGCUUUGUAGCGUUCGUGAAGCUGCAGGCUUAUUUAUGAGCUCUGAUUCAGCUGCAGAAUACAUUUGACUUCAGCCUUUUCCAAAGAAUACGAGUGUUUUGGAGAGAAGUGGAGAGUGUGGCUCGUGUGUUUCAGAGAAUGAGAAGAGGUGUGUGUAGGUGUUGCAGUGAGUGUGUGUGUCACUCUGAGGUGUUCAGUGUUAGCUGUCGGCUGUUUGUUAGUUUCAUAAUGGAAACAAUGGUUGAAAACACAGCAUAGACUCUUCAACAGUUCACAGUCGGUGUGUGUUUGUGAGCUUUCACAGUGUCACUGAGCUCGGUUCACUCUGAUUUAUUUUAGUGUGAAAAAUUUCCCCUCAAAGCAGCUUCAUUCCAGUUUUACUCAAAUGUGUGGUUCCUGUCCACAUUUUACAAACCCAGAUUUAUGAGGCAGUGUGUGUGUGUGUGUGUGUGUGUGUGUGUUUAUGACAGUAGCAGAGUGUAUAAUUGUAACCAUAUGGAGGAGAAUAAUUAACCCAGCUGUCAUUAGGUCCGGUGGGGAAAAAACACUCUGACUGGAACAGAUUAUACUCUGAUUAUAUAUUAAAGCACACUAUUCUGAAAGCUGCUGGGUCAAUUUAUCAGAGAUGAAGCGAUUCAUCCCGACCCCCUCCUUUUAUUCAUAGUUUUUUUUCUGGAUGUCUCUUAGUAUAGUAAAAUUUCUAAGAACAUUUAUGAUUAUCAACCAAUGACUGUGUCUGCUCUGAUUACACUGAGCUUAAACUGGCAUUUUUGACUUCUCUCCUUUCACUGUCCCCACCUAAAAUCCAGAAAACACUCACAGGUCCUUGUAUGAUCUAAAUUGGUGCAUGGAUUUAUAUUACAGUAGCAUCAUUUUUUAAAAACACAGGACAUGGUGAGAGUAUCAGACAGAAUCUAAUGAUGACGGACAUUGCUUUUUGCUUUAUGAGCAUGUAUGACAAAGAGCUUGGUGACCUCUCAGGCUGCAAACACAAAACCUGACUGAAAUCACAGCAGCUGUGCAAAAUUAAAGAUUGAGCAGAAAAGAAAGAAAUAUGCCGUACAUGUGUUAAGACUCAUUAUUACACUUUCCCAUCAUUACUACACAUUAGAUUUGACCCUGAUAUCCAAACAUCAUCUAUACUUCUGUCCUAUUCAGGGUCCCAUGAGGGCUGGAAUCUAUCCCAGCUGUGACUGGGUGAGAGGUGGGCCACACACUGAAGCAUUUGUCAGUAUUACAGAGCUGACACACACACACACACACACACACACACACACACACACACACACACACACACACACACACACACACACACACACACACACACACACACACACACACACACACACACAGUCAAUUAAGAGUGACCAAUUAACCCGAAGAGCAUGCUUUUGGACUGUGGGAGGAAGCCAAAGUUUCGAGGGGAGAAUGUACAAACCCCACACAGAAAGACCCCUGCCUGUCUGCCGGGUCGGGGUUUUGAGCCCUGACAACAUCAAACUGGAAAGGAAAACACAAUUCAAAGCAACAAGAACGUCUAAGUGCAACAGUUUAAAGGUUCUGGUGUUUGUGGUGAUAAUGUGUAACCAGUCUGUCACAUGAAACCUCACAGAAAAACACUAUGGGAGUGUGUUUUGAGCCUCUCUGAAGUGUGUAUGGCGUGGUGAAUUAAAAGCUUUUAAGCAUGGCUUUGCUGGAUAUUAAUGAAGAAGAACCGUUUGAUUUCCUGGUAAACAUGACAGUAGUAGCCCACUAACGCCACAGCACAUAAAAGAAGCUCUGUUUGUCUGUUUUUAAAAUGUACAGAAUAAAGCUUCAUAUUGAAAAAUACUCACCUACAUGUAAGCUGGACCUCAGAGGCUUCAGAUCCUGAGUCCAGUGAGGCUGAAUUUAAGAGCAUUUAAAAAAAAGACACCAAUGACAUGUGGUAAACAGCUAAAGUCGUGUUAUUUGGGACCUUUCAGAUAAAACAGACCUUUGAUGUGCUGUGAUGCUCAUAUAAGACAGAGAAUCCUAUCAUUACAAACCCUGUGAUGGUUCAGGCUCUCAGAAUUAAAGCAUUAUCUGUAGUUUUCCCAGAAUAUUUCUUUGCUUCUAUGUAUUUCCACGUCACACUUAUCAGCUGACAUCAUUGCCAGCUGAUUGACUGUCUGUGACUCAUACAGUAAAACAAACUGUGACUGUACAAGUUAAAUGUCAGGAAAUACCAUCAACACGUCAGCCCAACAAUCUACACAACUGCUGCUUUUGAAUUCUUCUAUAUUCAGCUUUUUUGUGUUUAAUGAUUACACUCAAAGCCUAGAUCAGAUUAGAUAAGUAGAGUUGUACCUAAUCUGAUCAGAUAAAUAGAGUUGUUUCUAAUCUAAUCUACACUGUGUCAUAAAAACUCACUCUGAUAGUCUUAAAACGAUGUUUAGCACCUCUGACCUCCUCUGUGCAGAAAACAGGGAAGUAUCCUGGAGUGUUAUCAUAUGAAAUGUGAAUUAUUUGAUCUGUGUUCUCCUGAUCCAGCUGAUCUGAGUUUGGUUUGGCUCAGUCUGAUGGGUCAGAGUGGACACAGACUGUGUGUGUGUGUGUGUGUGUGUGUGUUUUCACAGCUGUGUCUUUGUUCCCUGUCAUCCUGUGAAUUCAUGAGGAAGAGCAUCAACAGAUCUUUGAGUCAGCUCGCUUGCAGGCUUGCAGCAAAGGAUGAUGGGAGUUCAGCUGGAAGUCAGCCUCACCUGCUCAUUCUCAUUCACCACAGUAACCCGGUGGUUAGUCACUUUAACCGAGUGGCUGAGAGCUCUGGUCAUCAUAGCAGCCUCUUUGACCUUUGACCAUGAUGAUGUCAUCACUCAGGAGCGUAUCAGAGGUUAUAUAUUCAAUGUAAACAUCAGUGAAGCUUUAGGUCAGAGCACACCUGCAGGACUUCCCACAAAGACAUGAGGUUGUCAGCCAGCUUUCAGGGUCUGUGUGUGUCGUGGGUCUAAAUCUGAUGACUGUUUAGGUUAAACUCCCAUCUACCAUCUACAAAAUUUAUGUUUGGUAGAUAUUUCUUUGUUGUAACACUACUUAUGGCAAUAAAUCCUACCCGUUGGAAAGCUUGUUUGCUUCUUUUUUUAAAUGGUGCCACGUUUGUGAUGAACAUGCAUUUGUGGCAUGAGCAGCAGAACUGAGUUUGUGGGUUGAGUCCAGAAAAAAGUUGCCAGACUUUCUCAGCUAAUGUCAAACAGCUUAUUCAGCCAUUGAUUCUUGUUUGGUGUUGUUUGCAGCAUUAUAUGCUUGCAAUAAAGUAUGGCUAAGCAUCAUAGGUCUCUGUAAACCUCUUAAACAUUCACUCAUGCAGUCCCACUCUGCUAAUUUUUUUUUUUACUAUUAAAAGUGUUCUCAGAGGUCUUUAAAUUGUGAUUGUGAAGUUUUUAGCCAAAAACACGUUACCUGUGUCACUUUAAGGGUUCUUCUUCUGCAGAGCUCCAGUUGUUCAUUGGCAAUUCACCUCUGAGUCGUGGGUGGAGACAGCACUGCUCUUCACACUCGUCUUCACAUUAGCUUGUAGCCUAACAUUGCCGGUGUCAUAGAAGAAGCAGGUUAACAUAGGAGUUAUUCAGCUCUGAGACACUAAUCUCUUUGGGGAUGCGAUGAAAGCUGAUAUCAUAAUCAGCUUUCUCACGAGCAUUGCAAUAUGCUAACGCACACACUUGUUCCAUGAUCAUCCUCUCUAUUUCUGCGAGUCUGGCCUGCAUAGUUGGGCUUCAGGGGCGGAGCUUGGAGUUGUUACAUAGGAAAUCUCACUGAAUCUGAACCUGCCGUUUGGGUCUGCCAGAGAUUCACAGUGAUUUGAAUGCAGAAAUACUUAUUUUUCUCAUGCUAUGUCCUUUAGCAUCAGAAAAAUGUCAUUUGAACAUGUAGACAACAAGAAAAACAUGAUUUUCAUUGGAUUGGGCCCAAAAACAUUCAUUCACAAUUCCAUUCCUUAAAAAAAACGGGUAUUAAUUUUCAGGGUAAGCUGAUGUGUGAACACAAAGGACCAAAUUUGACUCUCAGACUUUACCCCAAAUUUUUCCAGCCAGUGCCUGGGUAAAAUAUCUGAGGUGAGCUGAUGUGUAAAAGAGCAGAAAAUAUUCAGGAUAACUCCCUGUGAGCGAGGGGGUGUGGCAGUGAUGUUCAUAUGAUGUGACUGAUGAAAACCAUGAAGAGUGACACAUAGCAGGACAGAUAAAAACAUAUCAGACUCAUCCCCCUCCUUAUUUCGUGGGACAUGUAUAAACAAGCAUCUUCAGAAAAAAAAUUAUAUAUUAAUUUAUUUUUAUUUAAAUCGUUUUUUUUUGCAGUAAAUCUCCUGCAAACUUUUAGAAAACUUCAGGAGUGCUUGUGUUACAGAGUCUACAGAUACAGAAAAUAGUUUUAGUCAGUGUCAUAAGUGUUUCCAUCAGAGUUACUGCUGUUUUCUGCAUGGUUUAGCUUACAGCCCCAUGUUACAGAAAGUCGUGAUGAUCUUUUUUUAGGUUUUUUGUUGGCUCAUUGUUGCUGGGCUCCACUUUGCCUCUGUUGUUUCAGGACUGUGAGGCUGGCCAUGUGACCUUCCCACCAAACCAUCAUGCUCUGAUAAACUGCAGCCUUCACCUUAUUCAACCUGUAAAAUUGGACCCACUUAACCAGAAUAAGCCCAAAAGUCUGUAAACAUAGACCUUUGUUAGCUGAGUUUUCUGAGUCUGACUCUGCUCGGCCUCCAUGGUGCUCCUCCUCCUCUAAACCCUAAAACAACAGACUGUCCUGCUCAAAGAGCUGUGAGCUCUGCAGCCUGAUGAUGUGCUGAUGUGUGUGUUUUCACUGAGCAUUCUCCUGCUCAAAGAAUCACACACACACACAAAUACACACAGACACAUACGACUCCACCCCUUUUCCCAUUGUUUGUGUCUGUUUUCCAUUCUGUCUGAAUUUACUGAAUUUCCUAUUCAUUCAAAUUCAUAAACAAGACUGACUCUUUCUGAAGACUGUUUUCCCUUCAGUCUGUUUCAGAUUGUUCAACUUCUUCUGCAACUCACAGAUGAUAUCAUAGUUACUGAUUAGAUAAUUCUGCAGCCUAUUGUCACCCCAUGAAGUCAUCCUUUAUCCUAUAAAAGGACUAAAUACUAUGCAAAAUGAUCAUCAGACUUUCCUUGAAUAUAAAGUGAAAUUUUCAGACCCUUUUUUUCGUCACACUGUCUUCAGUCUGUGUUAAGCGCUACCCAUCUACAGAGGUUAUGUCAUGAUCUCCAGUCAGCUCCUGCCCGAUUAACCCUAACAGAUAGAAAAAUGAAAACAGAGUUGUUCAGGGAGAACAGUCAGAGGUUAACGUACACACUAGGCACGGACAAGAUCCUUUAAGGGAUCAGUUAUUGUUCAAAGUUGUCCUAAAAAAGUAGAAAAGAGAGAGUUUCAAGUAAACCAAGUUUACUUGUUCUGCAAAGUCCAAUGACAGUUAAAAAAGAAAACUCUUCCUCCAUCUCCUCUGCUGCAGUUUCAGCUCUGAGUCUUCCUCUACAUGCCACCUGAUGCUGUGGAUUUAAAGUAGACCCCAUGUUGGCGCCAAAAUGUUGUUUUGGGGUUGAAAUGUAAUUCUGCUGGUUCCCACUGGGAGGCGCUCUUGGAUCACUUGGGGAGGUUUAAAGGGCCACAGGUAUCAUAUCCGGGCAGGCGACUGAACCCGGAGGUUUUGACCGCAAUGCGCCACAUAGCAUCAUUUUAGUCCACUUCCUUUACCAGUUUGUUUUGUUUUGUUCUCGGGCUCCUUUGUUUGCUGUGAGCUUGGUUUUUGGAACAGCAUUUUGUGGCAAUAAACCACCCAAUGACGCAACAGAAGUAACAGCCUGGACAUUCAUUCAUUCAACUUAGGUACCGCUUCCGUUUAUUCAUCCCCUCCGCUAGCGCGUCAGCCAGGGUCGCCCGGAGCCAGUUUAGCCUCAGUAGUUCCUGAACAGGUCAGAAACUGCUUUAAAACCCCAUCUCUACAUCCAUCAGUGCAUCAGUUUCCUCAUCCACUGCUCCACCUGUCGAGAGAGAGAGACAGAGAGAGAGAGAGAGGGAGAGAGAGAGAGGGAGAGAGGGUUUAUAUGUGGUGUAUAUGUAAAUAUGUGUGGAUAUAAAACAGUGGAAGUCUUUCUGUGGUCGAUGAGGUUUAUAUGAGGUAAAUAAAUGUUGUUGCAGCUUUAAUAACCUCUCCUUGUUGGAGUUUGAGAGUCUAAAGUUCACUUCGCCGCUCCACUUCCUGGAUUAUAGAGGGGAUGUAUUUCCCCUCCCUGGUCUCUCAUACAGCUCACUCCAAUCUGCACACUCACUUCCUUGUUCCCUUCACUUCAUUGUUCCCUCCCCUUCAGAUCUACAGUCUGAGGCUGGGUGUAACCAGCGUGUGCUGAGUUGAUCCUGCUGACACACACAUGAUGUUGAGAUAAGAGCUCAGACUAGUUUCACUUCUGAGGAAAUAAAACUCAGUCAGUCAGUCACUCAGUCAGUCGUCGACAGUGAGAGUUGAAAUGGCGCAGAAAGGAGUUCAGCUGGACCGUGAAUCUUUCUCUUGUUCCAUCUGUUUGGAUCUACUGAAGGAUCCGGUGGCUGUUACCUGUGGACCAGUGGCGGCUGCUGGUCUUUCAAGGAGGGGAAGCUCAUUUUUCUGGCCUACAUCAUAAUUGUAUUUGUUUAUUAGUAUGUAACAGAACAGAGUCGCCAAACACAACGGCCGUCGUUUUUAACAAAGACAAAAGUCGCUGAGGAUCGGUAAAGUCUCUGGAGCAGUUAAGAACAAAGGAAUGAAUGACUUGGAAAAUGCUCUGGUAGAUGUUUUAUUCUUCAAGAUCGCUGAUUCGCUUGUUUAGCUGUCAAUCAAAAAAGGAUUUCGCCUCAGACAGCUCAUCCAAUCAUGAAUGCAGAAGCUUGGAGUCCGGGAGAAAGUCGGGACCGCCCUCUCGCCAUAGAACUCCAGUGAAGCUUAGCUUCCAUUGGGCGGGACAAAGCCCAGCAUUUAUCCAAUGAGCGUCUAGUUUCGCUGCUGGAACAACCCACUUUAAGCUUCCACAUUGAAGUCAGCAGAAGCCCAGCGUCCGGCUGUUUAAAGCGCUGAGGCGCUGCGAGGAUGAAUGAGAACGAAGUUAUGCCGGUUACCUGUGAUUAUCAGCUUCUUAUCACAGUGUCUGAACAAAAGUUGAAGGCUUUCUAGUGCGUAUUUAGUUAAUGAAAUGUACACACAGCCGUACGUAUUUCACCACUUUUUCUUUUUUUGGGGGGUGACAUUUUAAGGGAAGCCGAGCUUCCCUUGCAGUCUUAGAGCAAUCGCCACUGCUGUGGACACAGCUUCUGCAUGAGCUGUAUUCAAACCUACUGGGAUAAAGAGGAUGAGAAGAAGAUCUACAGCUGUCCUCAGUGCAGACAGACCUUUGUACCGAGGCCUGUCCUGAAGAAAAACACCAUGUUAGCAGGUUUAGUGGAGGAACUGAAGAAGAGCGGACUCCAAGCUGCUCCUGGUGAUCCCUCUGAUGCUGGACCUGAAGAUGUGGCCUGUGACGUCUGCAGUGGGAGAAAACUAAAAGCUGUCAAGUCCUGUCUGCAAUGUCUGGUUUCUUACUGCCAGAUUCACCUCCAGCCUCAUUUUGAAUCACCUUCAUUCAAGAAACACAAGCUGGUAGAGCCCUCCAAGAAGCUCCAGGAGAACAUCUGCUCUUGUCAUGAUGAGGUGAUGAAGAUGUUUUGCCGCACUAAUCAACGGUCUAUCUGUUAUCUCUGCCCUGUGGACCAACACAAAGGCCACGACACAGUCUCAGCUGCAGCAGAAAGAGCUGAGAGGCUGAAAGAUCUGGAGGAGAGUCGAGAAAACAUCCAGCAGAGAAUCCAGGACAGAGAGGAAGAUGUGAAGCUGCUCCAACAGGAGGUGGAGGCUAUCAACGGCUCUGCUGAUAAAGCAGUGGAGCACAGCCAGGAGAUCUUCAGCCAGCUGAUCCGUCUCAUGGAGAAACGCUGCUCUGACGUGGAGCAGCAGGUCAGAUCCCAGCAGGAACGUGAAGUGAGUCGAGUCAAAGAGCUUCAGGAGAAACUGGAGCAGGAGAUCACUGAGCUGAAGAGGAAAGACAAUGAUCUGCUGAAGCUCUCACUCACAGAGGACCACAACCAGUUUCUGCAGAGCUACCCCUCACUGUCAGGACCAGGUCAACCUGCAGACUCAUCCAGGAUCAACAUCCGUCCUCUGAGGUACUUUGAGGAGGUGACAGCAGCUGUGUCAGAGCUCAGAGAUAAACUCCAGGAUCUUCUGACAGAGACGUGGACAAACGUCUCACGGGCAGUGACUGAAGUGGAUGUUUUACUGUCAGAACCACCAGAACCCAAGACCAGAACUGGUCUCUUAAGAUAUUCACAAAGAAUCACACUGGAUCCGAACACAGCACACAGACGGCUGUUAUUAUCUGAUGGAAACAGAAGAGCAACAUGGACAGAACAACCACAGUCUUAUCCUGAUCACCCAGACAGAUUCACUUAUGAUCCUCAGGUCCUGAGUAGAGAGAGUCUGACUGGACGUUGUUACUGGGAGGUGGACUGGAGAGGGGACAAGGUUGAUGUAGCAGUCUCAUACAAGUCUAUCAGCAGAGCAGGAAACUCACAUGAUUGUAUAUUUGGAUUCAAUGACAAAUCUUGGAUGUUAGUCUGUUGUAAAGACAGGUAUGAAUUUAGGCACAACAAAGUCGGCACUCGUGUCUCAAGUCCUCCGUCCCCCAGAGUAGGAGUGUACCUGGAUCACAAAGCAGGUAUUCUGUCCUUCUACAGCGUCUCUGAAACCAUGACCCUCCUCCACAGAGUCCAGACCACAUUCACUGAGCCGCUACAUGCUGGACUGUGGUUAGGCUGGUCUAUUGGAGACUCUGCUGAGUUUAUUGAAGUGAAAUAAACAGAAUUUUGAGUCAAUCAGACCAAAAACAUGUAAAUGAGAUCAUUGAACUCUUGAAAUGUUCUGGUUUGUAAAAGUUUGUGGAUCAGUCUCACCAAAAACUCUCAGUUUAGUUCUUUAUUUCAGCUUUUUCAUUCUUUUCUAAAGAUGCUGAUUUGGUCGCAGCUUUAAGGACAGUCAUAGUGGAUAACUUUCGUUGUUUGUAUUUCUCAUUUUGAAAAAUCUUCACACAAGUUUGAUAACAACAACAUCAAAGAUGAUCACUUGUUCAAAUCACCUUCAGUUGGUGCAGAUUUUGAAGGUCUGAGACUUUAGAAAAAAAGUGACGUCAAAGAAGAAAGAUGAAAAGCUCAACCUUAUUUCCUGUCCCAAAUCCAACCGUCUAAAGUCUUUCCAGUCUGCCCCUAAAACACUUGUAAUGAUCUGAGCUUUCAAUGUUUGCUGAAUAUUUGUAUUUAUGUCAUGGAUGGAUAUUUCUGUCUGCUUCUGUUGGAUCAGUGUGUUUAUAAAGACAUCUAUAAUGACAUUUUUGGCUGAUCAACAUGUUGUUAUGAGCUUUUCAACUGUGGGUUUCUGAUUGUGGAUAAAAAAUAAAAAAAAAACAUCAAACUGUGUCACUUGAGGCACCUGGCCUGUUUAUCUUUAUGGUUUAGUCUGCACGACAGCGACCGGCGACAAGUGUAACAUCAGAGAGUGAGUCCAGAUUGACUGACCUGGGGGUUAGACAUCAUGCUGCCCAAAAAGCAUAAAUCGAGGUAUGGAAAGAAGAAAGAGAGGAAAGAAAAAGAAAGAAGGCAGAAUUAGGGGAGGCAGCUGUUGACUGCUCUCUUUCCCAAAACUGAACCCAGUUUACUUGUUCUGCAAAGUCAAAUUAAAGUUUAUGUGGUCCACUCCAGACAGCUGCUGCUGAUGUUUGUAUGCUCACCUGAAGUCUUUAGCUUAGCCAGUUGCCGACCAGACUGCUUGCAGCUAAAAGUAUGAAGACAAUUAUGGAACAGCUAACGUUAGUUGUCAACAUAAAGCAGUUUCAGAAACGAACAGUGGCGCUGCCGCAGCAGCUGGAGCAGCAGUGCAAGGGAGAGAGAGAGAGAGAGAAAGAGAGAGAGAGAGCUUCCCGACAUGAGAGUUGGUUCACGCGCUGAGAGGGAGAGAGGUUGUAAUAUUAAGAAAGGCGUAUGUAUGUUGUAAAUGCUGUAUGUCAUUUACACUCAAUCAAAGGCAGAUAUAAAGAGCAACCAAUUGCUUUUGUUUGGAUUCAUAGUGAAUGAUGACUAGUUCAGUGUGUAGAUGGGAAUUGCAAUACUUUAUCUUACUGUAGUUGGAGAUCAUCAUUACACUGGAAAAAGUAAAUUUUUAGUACAGUAAACUCUAUUAGAGUAAUUGUCAUCAUUUCAUCAUUAGUAAGAGCAGGGUUUUUUAAUUUUACAGGCUCCUUGCUGGGCUGUUAGAAAGACCUACUCAUCUCACAUGGAGGGUCUGGAAGCAGGAUUAUUGUGGCCCAAAUUAAACCUCCCUAAGCAAAAAAAAGUAGGGUACAGUGACCUUUUUCAGGGUUUCACAUCUUUCAGCUUGUGUGCACAAGAUAUCUCACUAACUCAUUUCAGCAUAUAAAUAACUUAAUGGAAAAAAAACUGUCUCAAAUUAUUACCUGUCUGAAAGGCCAAAUAUACCACCAAUAUGGUCAUGGUCCAUGACACAGUCUGUUUUAACAGAGAGUGAGAGAGAGAUGCUUUAUUGAUUUAUUCAUCAGUGUUUCCGGACAUGUAGGGCCAUGCAGCUGUCCAAACACUUAAAACUGUUUUUAUUUUGUUUUUUCACUUUACAAAGCACACCUUAUACUGUAUGAUAUCCUGGAAGUGAUAAAGGAAAGACUGUAAUAUUGAUCAAUAACUCGCUUUUUCCUAUGUCCAUCAUUGUGUACGCCCAGCUUUGGAGCUAUUUUUCUCAUAUUACUGUUUUUUUUCCCCUCAGGGCGCCACUGUGAUGUGCAUCACAUGACAGGAAACUACAUGUAUGAUGAAGUGUCCAAGAAAGAGUUUCUGAUUGGGACCAACCCUGACAGUCGCCUCCCUCUGUGGUGGGAGGGGUCAGAGCCGCUGUGGGUCACUCUGCAGAAACUGGGCAAGAAGGUCUUCAUGUACUACUGGCCAGGUGAGCACUUACACUUAAGGCUGCACAAUUAAUCGAUUUAAAUCGUAAUUGGAGUAUUUGAUUAUGACAAUAUUAAAAAAUUAAGAUAGUCAAAUCGAUUUUCCUCUCUAUCAUGUCUCGUGCCUCCAGGCCACCGUAGGCUCCCCCUUCCUGCGGGAGCGCUCCCUAGUUCCCACACACACCAGUGUAAACAAGCAUGGCGUUUGCAAAAGAAGGCGAUAAUUUCGUGGCUAAAUAGGGCAAGAGCAAGUGAGUUGUGUGGAGUUGGUACAGCUUCGCAGUUUCAGACGAAGAGCAAACCACUCCCCUCUGCAAGGCUGAAGGCUGUAUCAACCUGUCCACACAGAAACAAAUUCAGGAGUAAAUGCUUAAGUUUCCUUGUUGUAUCGGCGUUUCAUCCACAUGGAAACGGCGUUUUGGGUGACCGUCCACAGAACAAGAAAAAGAGAUAUGAGUGGGCAAAAGCUCACAAAAAUUGGACUUAUGAUGACUCGAAACAAGUUCUCUUGACCGAUGAAAGCGAGUUUGAACUGUUUGGUUCAAAACUCAGAGUCAAUGUUCACAGACAAACUGGUGAAUGUCUGAAAGCACCAUGUGUUACACCCACAAUUAAGCAAGGAGGUGGUAGUUCCAUGGUAUGGGGAUGUUUUGUAGGUGAUGGAGUAGGAGACUUGUUUGAGGCAAAGAGUAUCAUGAAAUAGGGACAGUACCACUCCAUCCUCCAGCGCCAUACUGCUCCAUCUGGACUCAGACUUGUGGGUCACAAGUUUGUUUUGCAGCAAGACAAUGGGCUCUAUUUUCGUGCCUCGCUGGAGACGUGCGGCACCGACAAGGCAUUCCCAAGCACAAUUUGGUAUUUUGGUGAGCGGCACAGCCCGGCGUAAGUAUCCCCCCUCCCUAACUCAGCUCCUCCCAGCAGCGUAAGUCGUAGCGAGGGAGGAGAGAGGGCGUGGAGUGGGUUUAACACAGCCGAGACCUGUAUUGACCAAUAACAUCAGCUCCUCUCCUCGCAGAAAAUAGAGCCCAAUGACCCUAAGCAUUCUGCCAAGCUUUGUCAGGGUUACCUAGACAAAAAAGAAGAGGAAGGUGUUCUUCAAAAGACGGUUUGGCCCCCUCAGUCUCCAGACCUUUCUCCAAUUGAGCUUGUGCAGGAUGAAUUGGAUCGAUCGGUCAGCCACCAUAGUGCGUACCAGAAUGGUAUACUGGAUUAAGAUGGCUGUAGGGAAACUGGUGACUCUGACAAUUUUACUCUUCUGUGUGUUUGCAUUUCAGGCUGUGAGGUGGAGAUCCUGGGUGUGCGUCCGUUCCUCUGUGAGGAAUACGUCUACAACCCAACAGAGAAAAACAUCACGCACUCUAUCAAGAGCGCUCUCAAUGUCCUCAAGUAAAGCAGACACACAUUUCUAUUUCACCAUCUUUCCACUGUUUCCUCCUCACUCCUCCAAAUAGUUUUUCACUUUAGGAGCUCUCUGGAGGGGGUGAAUUUAUCUGUGAAUAACUGUUACAAAGAUCUAGGCUGAACUUUUAGGGAGAUCUCUAUCAUGGUUUUCAAAGGUUUCUUAGACUUUUGUCACCACCAGGAGUGGCUCUUUAGAGCUUUGUGAUUUUUAAGCUAUUUUUGAGCAACACAUGUCACAGUUCUGCAGGGAGCACAAGUAACUCAUGCUCAGGGAAAACAAACAUGGAGGACAGCUGGGACGAAAUAAGGGCAAGUGGAGUGUAAGUCCCUAAAUGCACUCUGGGUGCAAGCAGAAUUUGAGGGGUUGUAAUGUAAAUGUUCUGCAUUCGAAAGCCUUUCAUUAAACCCUUUUCAAAGUAAAUAACCCAAGGUGUGUGUGAGUUUUGUCAUUAUGUGUGUCUGUAUUUGUGUGUGUGUAGGUCAGGUGAGGCGUCCAUGGCAGCCAUUUAUUACGAGAAGAUUGAUGUUGAGGGUCAUCACUUUGGCCCAGACUCUCAGCAGGUCAAAACAGCCGUCAAACAGCUGGAUGGUAUCAUCGAAACGCUCAACAGAGAGAUCAGGGUCAGUGACAUCAUCAAUCCUGUUAACAUGUAGGAUAACUUUUCACACAAGAGCAACUUAUUGCAUCAUGAAAUCACUGCCAAUAACUUACAUUUCAAAGUAAAGUUUUAGAGUACUCUGGCCUUAUCAAAAUCAGUAACACUCCUCAAACUCUCGACCUCUUACAUGUCAGUUGUGAUGUGUGGCCAACUGUGUUUAGAGAGAAUGGACUCUUCAGCUGUUGUAUAACCCUGUUUACUGCCUGUAAUCUUUACAGUUUCUUACAGUGUGACAGUCUGACUGUGAAAUUAGAGGCGUAUAGUGUCAAGCAGCUUUUUCAGCGUAAACAUUGAAAGAUCAGCUAGUUAAGCCUCCAAACAUGUUCCAACAACUGUUUAACACAUGAAAGGUUAGAACUCAAAAUCUGUCGUUUUCGGCUUAUAGUUUUAAAUAUUUAUUAUUUUCAUGUGUUUUCUGCAGGACAGAGGGAUGGAGCAGCAGCUGAAUGUUGUCAUGUUCUCUGAUCACGGGAUGACAAAUCUGCAGUGGAUGGAGAAAGUCAUCGAGCUGGACAAACAUAUCAACAUGUCAGACAUCACAAAGAUGUUGGACAGAGGGCCUGUGGUCAGCCUGUGGCCUAAAGUGGACAGGUACCAACAGGUGAGAGAGCCGCACCUCUGAUGAAGCUCUGUGUUCAGAUGAACUUCAACAGAAACACAUCCUUUAGGUCAAUUCAUCAGUGCUCCAUAAUGUUUAAGAUCAAUACAACCCAAACUAAAAGUUUUACUAAACAUAUUUUUUCACAAUUUAAGAAACAUAAAAAAAAAAACACUAAACAAAAAGGACAAAUAUUUUGCAAAAUUCAAAUAUUCUGUAACACAUGAACAUUAGAAACACAACACUAAACUUGAAGCAUUUCAUGAGAUAAGAAAUGUAAUAGGAAAAUAUAUAUUGAAAAAAAAAUUUAAAGAAUAAAAAUUUCCCAAAAAUAUUUCCCUUAAAGGGAUAGUCCACCAUAAAAUUGAGUUGGGGUCAAACACACUGCAACACCGAGUUAGACAGCCCGUUGAGAGAUGAAGGUUGCCGACCGCUUGCUUCUCUAGUUAUACCAACUUUAGUAACCACCUCAGAUAGCAAUACAGAGAGCCAUGUGCUCAGCCAAAAAAACACUCUAUACCCACAAAUAAGGCUCAGAACAGCAUCUUACUUCAUUAACAGUACAUAAAGGGUCCCAGCCAUAGCACUAGCCACCAAACAUCUUUUUAACAUUGCCUAAUUUCUUAAGAAAAGAAACUAAAAACAACUCACCUACUCUCUUUCAGCAGCCGCUUGUUUGUAGUGAGACCUCAGGCGAGUACUUGAUACUUAAACAUGAAAACAAUUCACAAUUUUAUAUAAAAAAAAAGUAAAAAAAGUUGAAAAAAAAUCAUUAAAUGCACAAAACACAAAAUUCUUAAUUGUUUUUGAAUCAGUUUUAUUCUUUGAUAGAAAUUUUGUGUACCAUUGAAUAAUUUUAUUUUUAAAGAAAUGUUUUUACCUUUAAGUGAAAUGUCUUUUUUCUUCAUGAAAUGUGCUUGCUGGGCCACUGUACAUGAAUAAGUCACAAGAUUUUAAAAUGCAGACACAAGGAUAAAAUAUCAUAUUUAAAUAUCAUCUUGAGAUUAUUUCUCAGAAUUUGAAGCUCUUCAUUCCACAUAAUUUUAUCAUGACCUUGACAGUCAAAGUGAUAAAGUAUUACUGAAGAAAAUGUCAGACAGGAUAACACAAACAACAGUCUCCUGCUCAUCGUGUGGUAACCUUCUCAAAGUGCACACUGACGUCGUCACAGAGUCACAGUUCUUGCUGUGGUGUAAGGAUCACACUGCAGGUUUCACAGAGUUCAUUAAGUUUUCCUCUGAAGUCAAAGCUGGUGAAGUGCAGCUUUAUUGGAGGCUAAUUCAAUUAAAUUUGAUGUCAUGGAAGAUUUGAGGGAUAAUCGAAUUAAGGACUUAUUUCACCAGAGACACUUUUACUGCAGCAGAGGAAAUCUGAGACGUGAGGAGUCAUUUGUUUCUCUCCGCAGCUGAAGGAGCAGCAGGGAGGGGGGGCAUCUGAUUUACAGACUUUUGUAUGUGUGUGUGCUCUGUGUGUGUGUGUGUGUGUGUGUGUACUCCUCCAGGUGUACUCUGCUCUGUCUAAGGUGCCUUAUAUGCGAGCGUACAACAAACAGGAAGUCCCCGAUCGUUUCCACUUCAAAGGGGGGAGGUUUGUCCCCCCCCUUACGCUGGUGGCCGAGCCUGGCUGGUUUAUCACUGAGGUAAGACUUCACUUCUCACUGUACCUCUGUCACCUGCUCUUUUUCUCACUCUGAGAGGCUGAUAACACAGAUAUAUAAGCAGACACAGGGCAGUGAGGGAACUAUCAGCUUCACCUGAGACUUUUAACAAUACAGACUAAAAUAAAACCCAGUGAACGAAGUGCUUCAAAAAGUUCUGAGAUAUAACCAUUCACAUGCAUUUUAAAGACCCUCAUAGAUCUUUACACCUGUUCUCAAGUUGAACUUCUUUUGUGGAUUUUUAUUGUAUGGUUUAUGGUCCUUUAAAAUUUGUUAAAGACAAACCAAGGUUUUGUGAUCUACUCUGACACACACACACACACACACACACACACACACACACACACACACACACACACACACACACACACACACACACACACACACAUUGUCAUGAUAAGUUCUUGUUAGUUUCGUUUGUUUCUGGUUUUGUACUUUUGUAGUUCCUUCUCCUUGUGUGUUUGGUUUAGUCUGGUCGUUUCUUAGUUAAGUUUUCUGUGUUUUAACAAUAAGAGUUUUAACAAAAGGAAAGGACUUAAAAUGGAGCCUUGAAAAAAUAUAUAUUUAAUUGACAAAAAGCCAAGGAAUAACAAAGACUUUACAAACAGAAACAGUUUCACCAGAAAGCAAAGCCAAUAAAACAAAAACACCAAGAGCAAGCAAUCCAACGUUCUCGUGAGAAAACAUGAGAUGGAGUUGACAAGGCAUGAAGAUCAUUGACAAUGAACCAAUACAGAUGGGGGAGAAUACAAGAACUAUAUACACACACUGGGUAAUGAGCAACGUGAGACAUGUGAGACAGUAAAACACAGGCGCAGACAAUCACCAGGGAGGGAAAACACACAAGAAGAAGAAUCUACAGAAUAAAACAGGAAACACUAAAAAACUCACCACAAGAAUAAAACCCCGAAAACUAAACUAAGAAUCUGAACAGUGAAAAACAAGAACAGGAACAUCAGAAUAAUCAUAAACAGAGGGAAACAGGAAUGACAGUGAACAGAAACACCAGGACAAACACACAGAAAAUACAACUCAAGUAAAAAAACAGGAACUAGCUGAACUAACAAGAACCUAUGGAGCUUCUGCCUGUUUUCUGAUCUUAAACUCAGUUUCUCUGCAGAAUAAGGAAAACCUCCCAUACUGGAAGAAUGACUCUGGGGAGGCCUCAGCAUGGCAGAACGGCUGGCAUGGCUACGACAACGAGUUCAUCGACAUGAGAGGAUUCUUCCUCGCCAAAGGACCCAGUAAGAAAAAGAACAAAAAAACAUCUAUCACAGUCUGAGAACAGAAACGAUACAGUUGAUAUAAAGCGGGAAGACUUAUUAUUAUUAUUAUUAUUGUUAUUAUUAUUAUUAUUAUUAUUAUUAUUAUUAUUAUUAUUAUUAUUAUUAUUAUUGGUAGUAAGUAUAAUUUAUCAUUUUUUAAAUUAGUAUUAGUAAAUAAGAAUCAUUGCUGCAUGAUAUCGAUAUCAACUUACUUACAUGUAAUCAUCUCUGUAGUGCUGCAUCAAAGUACAGGAACAGCGCUCAAAGACUUUUUUGUGGAAAAAAUAAUAUUUUCUUUUCUGUAUAGAAUUGAAAUCCACACUUUUUUGAGUGAUCUUAGUUAUCUAAGGGUGGGAUAAAAACAAAUACAACAGUCAAUCAUUGAAUUUUAAAUUGUGCCCUGAACAGCAGGACAAAACAAUCUACCUAAAAAUUACAGGUAGGCGUCUUUCCAGUAGUAGCCACAGAUUGUAUGAUAGGGGCAGAGCGAAGAAAGCAAGUAAGUAAAGUUUAUUUUCGUAGUUGUUACAGAAGUCAUGAAGUGCUUAAGUAAAUAAAUGACACCGGGAAAAAAACCUACAAAUAAAAAAAUGAAAAGUGCCAUGGAAAGAUGAGCCACAGCUAUAGGUGUGGUCAAAUGCCUUUCUGAACAGAUUUGUUUCUGACGUAUUUAAAGGCAUCUGCAGAUUCAGCCGAGUGCAGGGGUGUUGGUGGAGCAGUCCAGUUUUGGUGCUAUUGCCUGGAAAGCUCUGUCACCUCUAGUCCUCAGGUGUGCAUUUGAAACUGGUAUUUUAUGGUAUUUAACUUGAGGGGACGAGCAGCCCAGUAUCAGAGAAUGAGUUCAGACAGAUUCAGAUAAUAACUUUAGGUGUACUAAACAACACACUCUUGCAAAGAAUCAAUAUUUUCUGUAAACACACUCGUUAUUUACCGGAGAGGCCAUAAUUUAAUGUCAUUAUUUGCCAGUGAUUAUCUGCUUUGAUGGUGUGAACAGUGUUUCUCAUGUGCUCAUACAAGUGUUGCAGUCAAACUGGUAUUUUGUGUGUAACAUAAGCGCCCUCCUCUGGCCAGAACUGAGGUGUGCACCCUGUGUUGUAAGGCCGUAUGCUAUCGGAAAACAAUAUUAAAAUAUUUUUAUUUCCUGCAACAUAGAUUGCAAAAUUAGAAAAUAUAUGAAUAAUACAGGAUGACUGCAUUUUUUUUUAUAGACAAUGAAUAAUUAAUUUUACCUUUCAGUAUUUAGAUUUGAGUCUAUUUUCUGCCUGUGAACCAAAUUCCCCCCAAAGUUUACCAAACUGUGUCCAGCUUACAAACACUGAGCAGACAGGAACACGCUCACUCACACAAACCGCCUCACUUCACGAGCAUCAGAGUUCUUGGUUUCAUAUUUCUGUGUAGCUAACUGAAUUAGUCUUGCGUUUAAUGUGUUCCUGUGUAAGUGCAGCUGGUUUAUGUGGUUGUUUUUUAUCUGAGACCCUCAGAUUCCCUGAGCAGAGCACCUGCGUCCCUCCAGGGGUACCAGAGCCUUAGUUUGACCAACACAGGAUGCAGAUAUGAUGAACUGCGCAGGCCUGUAGUGAAGCUGAGUAAAAUCAAGUGUCGUUUAACUCGAUCAGUGUUUUAUUGUUUUGUCUCUUUGUUUUCUGUCAGACUUUAAGCGUGAUGUGCGAGCGGCUCCAAUCCGAGCUGUGGACAUCUAUAACCUGAUGUGCUGGACUCUGGGGGUGGAGCCUCUCCCUAAUAACGGCUCUUGGUCCCGGGUGGAGUACCUACUGAGCAGCUCUGGGGGUCUAACCUGCCCCCCUGCCCUGUGGACCUGCUGGGUGGGGUUGUUUGCAAUCAUACUGGCCCUGCUGGACUUCAUCUAACAUCAGGUCUAAACCACUGAGCUGGAAAUGAUCUGCUGCAGAGGUUAAACCAUCAGAAACAGAUGAGCCUGGAGUAGGUUUCAGCACUGCUAAAACCAACAACCUGAAGUCUUGAAGGGUCCAGAGGGUUUUCCAGGACCUAUCCAUAAUUUCCUAAACAGACCAGGGAACUAAGAUCCUCCUGUUUGUCAACAGAGACUCAGAAAGACCUCAGUCUACAUCCUGAAAGCUCUAAACUUGUCUAAGGUGCUUCAAAUGUUUUCCUUUCUCAUUUUCCUCAGCUUACAGUGAAGCAGAAACUUCUGCACACCCAGAUCAGACUUCAUAUUUUUAUAAUCACAGUAGAGCACUUUUGAAUCAACAGGGACUUCUGUAACAGCGAGAGUCCAUUUUUAAAUAAGAAUGUAAGAAAUAAAGAGAGUGAGCACAGACACGUGUAGGAAACACAAUACUCUUUUUUUAUGCUUUACAGUUUGGCAAUUUCAGUCUUGCAGGAUGAUUAUGAACUGUUCAGAGGUGGAUUAUCACACAAAUAUCCAUGUCUUUAUGUUUGAUCUGUCAGAUAAGCCUCAUGGUGUAAAAAGUGAUGUGAAAAUCAAUAAAUUUGCUCUGAUUUAGAAAAAUACUCUUGAGAGUCUCUCAGGGUUUUAUCAACCUCUGAAGGAAAGUCAAAGUCAUAAAGUCAAGUCACAAACUAAUUCUUGAAUCAUUUCGUUCUGGAGAUUUGUUUUGAAUUGAAAUAAAAACAUUGUAGACU